UCUCGCGCGAUCGUAUGCCGACCGCGUCGUAACGCUCUGAAACGCUGCUCGGAAACAAGAAUUAAAGGAAUCUCGCGCGCGGAGAGGAGACCGGCGCGGCGCGUCCACCGUCUCCAGCAGGCGAAAAAUUCAUCGGCUAAUGCACAGCAAGAGCAGAGAACGGCAGCCGCCAAGUACCAAUGCUCUCCUUGCUUUUUUCCUGCUACAAUCACCGACCGUCACGUAGAUCUAUAUAAAUGGCAAUUGCAGUCUCGUACGGCGCAGCAGUCUCGGACCGCCGUAGGUUUCGCAGCCACGCAACUCUAACCGAUCGCGGCACUACGUCCUGCCGGUCGCAAGCGAUACACCAUCGGGAAUUUUCGCCCUCGCUCAGUCAGCUGGAGGUACCGCGAGAAGAAGCUGGUGUCCGGUCGUGUGGAGACCUGCCGCGCGGUGGUGACCGCAGACGACCACGACCACGUCCACUCGUUACGCGACAGACAAAGUUACAAAGUUCCCGGGCGACGACGACGACGACGACGACAGGAUGCCACGGAUAGACGACGACGCGCCGGCCGCCGGUCGUCGGCGCCCGCUCGUCCAGCUGCUCAUGCUGACGAUCUGCGCGUUCUCGCUGGUCCACGCGACCGACGCCGCCUCCGCGGAUAACGCGUCCAAGGACGCGUGGACGGGAUUCUCCACGUCGUGCGCCGCCGAGGACAUGAAGAACAUGUCGAUCUCUUGCCACGGAGUGCGCAUCGUCCGGAAGAUUGUGCAACAGAUGUUGGAGACCACCGGGAAAGAACGGGAUAUCGAGCUGUUCGACGGCGUGACCCUCGUUGAAGUGCCCGGUGGCGGCGGCGGCGGCGACGGCGACGGCGGCGGCGGCGGCGGCGGCGGCGGCGGUGGCGGCGGCGGUGGUGGCUCAACGCGCAAGGCUAGAGUGUUGAAGGGCUUCGGCAGCCUCGGGCCGUUCCUGCAGUUCUUGGAGGGCAGGGAGCUGCGAGUGAAGCUGCCAUCCUUGCUACCGCCGAACAUCGAGAGCGCGCUCCAGGAGAGCCUGCCUUCCGAGUCCGAAGCGAGGAAAGACGGCGGCUUCGGCGGCGGCGGUUUCGGAGGCGGCAAAGGAGGCGGCGGCAAGAAGGGAGGCAACGGCGGCAUCCUGAUCAUGGCGCUCAUGAUGGGUAAAAUGAUGGCCGCGAUGGGCUUUGGCGCGCUGGGCUUACUCGCCAUGAAGGCGCUCAUGGUGUCGGCCAUGGCGCUGAUGCUGUCGCUGAUCGUGGCGGUGAAGAAGCUGGCGAGCGGCCACGAGGACCACGGCGGCCACCACGUGGUGUACGCGCAAGACGUCGGCCAUCAUCAUCGCAAGAAGCGAUCGUUUGCGGACGACGACGAGGACCGCACGCAGCUGCCUUACCGAGGAUACGCCAACCUGUACGCCAACUUGCGAGCUUCCUGAUCUUCCUUGCCAAUCGUCAGCACUCACCGCGAAAUUCGAUCGAGAUCCCACGGGCCCUCUGACCGCCUCCCCCCACCGCGAGACCGGAGCUUCCCUUCGAGGCGGGCCACGUUGGCGGCGUUGCGUUCGCGUGAUUUUCCGUCAUCGCAUCGUCAUCGCACCCUCAUCGCAUCGCAUCCUUAUUCAUCCAACGCGAAUCCGCCAACGUAGCUCCCGUGUCCCCUCGCUGAUAAGGUCGGCUGGCCGAAACUGUACGAUCGCCGCGGUAGGAGGGUCAAUAGACGCCUGGAAAAUGAACAACGACGACGAUGACAAUGACAACGACAAUGACGACGACAACGACGACGACGACGACGACGACGACGACGACGACGACGUAGACGACGACGCUACGCAAGAUCAGUGACAGUGACGCACACACGCACACACACACACAUAUAAACACCGACGAGACGACAGUGGCGAAGAAACUAAUUGACAGCCACGGUAGAAAGUGACGUUCGAACAACGUGACGUUUGUUCACGAGAAACGCGCCGGCGCGGCAAUCCAUUCAACCCUCUUAGAGAAACGCGCCGCCGCUCUCCGGGACAGGACACUCUCAGUGAAAGAUCAAGGACGCCGAACCGAAGAAACCAAAGUACACAUUGUUCGAUUAUGUUUUUUUUAUAUAUUUAUUUUUUUACACAUGUAUUUAUUGUUGUGUGCAACGCAUGUUAAUAAAGCAUACGUACUUG